AUGGAUAUCCUCCUCUCCCUCCCGAUAGUCUCCUACUUCCUCGCCCCCUCCAUAACCUCCUGGACGACCUCUCUCAACCUCCUCUUCUUCUACAUGACCUGGACAACCCUCGUCCUCUCCCACGGACCCCUCAAGAUCCAGCUUCUCGGCGCCGUCGCCAUCCGCCUCAUCCUUUGGCUCAUCCCCUCCCUCGCCUUCCUCCUCUUCGACACCCUCCUCCCCUCCCUCUCCGAAUCGAUAAAGACCGCCGGCGCCGCAGCUCUCCCGCCAACACACGGCCCAACCAUUCUCAAGACCCUCGCCCUCGCCCUGUUCAAUCUCGCCCUGUCCGCCGCUCUCGAGGGGGGCACAAGCCUGGCGUACGCAUCCUACUUCCGCGAACCCCUCUUCCGCGCAUCCUCAGCCCUACCGCUGCCACGCCUCACUUCUACGCGCGUAGGCAAGCUUCAUGCUUCGUACGCCCAUGUCCGCGCCGCGCCGCCAUUCUCGCUGAUGCUCUUCGCCGACCACCCGAUUCCGUUCCUGCUCCAUCGCAUCGUGCCCAUCUUCGUGCCGGCUGUGGUCCUUCGUCCUCAUCUAUUGACGUACUUUCUGUUCGUUGGCUUCUGUACCAUUGAGGAGACAAUGGCCAUGUCUGGGUACAGCGUCGUUCCGGGUAUCGUCAUGGGCGGAAUCACGCGUCGGACAGCGAUUCACUAUGCUGGGCAAGGGGACGGAAACUUUGGUGCCUGGGGUGUGUUGGAUUGGGCUCAUGGCACGAGCGAAGGGCAGGACGUGAUUGAUGAUAUGAAAGCUGAGGCGGAGAAGCACCGAAUCAAGGAGCGUAGUGAGAGGGCGGCCAACAAUGGUGUUGGAUUCGUGCAGGGUGGCAUUCAGGAGUUGAAGAAGGGCCGCGGACGCAAGGGGAAGAAGAGCAGCUGA